AUGGAACGUGGAAACGAAGGUUCGGCGCUUGCACCGCUCUACCAGGGCCCUUUAGUCCUGUUUAGUCUCUUGACCUCGGACUCUCACUACCUCUCCACCCACCACAAGGGCUCGCGGCUCGCCAUGGAGACCCCUCAAAACACUGCUAAAGCCCACGAAAGCGAGGCGGAGCCGUUCCCUCUCACCAACUUAUCGCGAACCGGAAGCGGGGAAGACCUCAGCUCUGAACUGCAAGUGCCGCGUAAACGGGAGCGGGAAAUAUCGCUGGAGCCCGCCACGCCACAGUCUACUACCCUCGAUAUGGAAUCACCCGGAAAGGAGCGACGCGUGCCCGUGAAGAAGAACAAGCUGGACGCAACCGAGGAGGAGGAUCCUCAGGAUAACGGCGUCGUGACCCCACCACGUUCCCGCUCUCGCUCAUCGUCAGGGCCGGACGUGGCUGCCGAGCUCGGCAAAUCUCCGCCCAUCGAGUCGAAGGUACGGCAUAUCAGCCGCAGGGUGGAAGAUAUCACUUGGAAAGAUGGUGUUCCGCAGGAAACGUGUGUCCAGGUGGAUGUACAGGCCAACGCGGGCGUCGACACUCCUGCCGUACUCGAGGCGGCUGCGGACAUUGCUUCUGUGCCCGGUUAUGUCCAGCCAGAGACCAAAGAUAUCGAUAUCCCGGACGAAUCGCAGCAGAGUAUCGUACACGAGCCACCUCAACAAGAACAACCUCAAAACCAAGGAAGUAGCACGGACGAAGAUGAGAAGAUGGAAAGACGGAGGAGCUCUGAGUCCAUCACUGGUACCAAGAGGCAACGCGAGGAGCCCGAUCAGGACGCCAAUCCACGCGAGACCAAACGACCCUCUCCUCCGCCUGAUGAGAACCCUGCGACACCAGCGCCUGCACCGAUCCCUCCUUCAACGCCCAAACUGAGCGGUUUCAUGGCUUACGCCUCCUCCAGCUCCCCAUUCUCGUCUGUCAAGGGCGCACCCGUGUUUGGCAGCACCAGCAAACCGAAGUCUACUCCGACAUUCGGUGCUCCGUCCCCUUUCAGACCCGCUGCUUCUGGAACCUCGUCGCCUUUCGCAUCGGGAAACGCGGUCUCGUCACCUUUCGCCUCGGGAAACGCGACUCCUUCGACGUCGCAGACGGAGAGCCUGAGGCCCGCGUCGCCAAAGCCCUCCACCGCCUCCAGCCUGUUCCAGAAAUCCGCUUUCGCCGCUUUCGCGUCGCCUUCCUCCCCGUUCGCAUCCGUCACGCCCUCACGAUCUCCGUCUUCGGGCCCCGCGCGACCGAAGUCCCCCGUGAACAGAAGCAAGUCCCCGUACGGCGACAGAGCGAAAUCGCCGUCUGCACGAAUCAACGCCAAGGCGUCAGGCGCUUUCGCGUCAUAUGCGACGGGCGGAUAUAUACAAAGCCUUGCUGCGGCCAGUCCUCUGGCCGCAACUCCGAAGAAAUCGAGAGCAGGUACACCGGCGGAGAAGGAUCCCUCUGUCAAAGCUAGCGUGCUGUCAGCUGGUGAGGACGAAGGCGCACAAACUGAGAACGAGGAAGGCGAGGAGAGCCCGAAGGAGACCGCCUCGUUCGGCGAAAAGCUAAGAGCUGGGAAAGAUCAGGAAGACGAGAGCGAGAGUGAGCGGUCCAAGGUGGAGCUGAGCGAACAAGACGUGCCCACCGGCGAAGAGGAAGAAGAAACCGUAUACCAAGUUCGAGGCAAGUUGUACACACUCAGCCCAGAGACGCAAUGGCAAGAGCGGGGUACCGGCAUGCUCAAGCUCAAUGUAUUGCGGGUCGAUGGCUCAAGCCCUCGUCUUGUGAUGAGGAAGGAGGCGGUAUAUUCACUGCUGCUAAACAUCUCCCUUUUCAAGGGCAUGCAUUUCGCCUUAGCACAGGACCCGCGGUACUUGCGCUUCAGUGCGCUCGAAAACGGGAAAACUGUGCAUUACAAUCUUCGAGUGUCGAACCAGAAGAUCGCCGAAGAGCUGCUGGAGGAGAUCAACGCGAAUAUCCCUGGCUCAUAGUUCCUAGAACUCGCGCUUUCGCUUCAGGAUUCUCCGUACAUGUACGAUCUCUAAUAUGCCAAUCAACGCGUUUCUGCUUCCGCCUCUGCAAUUG